AUGAAGAUAGAGGACAGUGUAAUAGUAGUAACAGGUGGGAUGAGUGGAUUAGGUAAGGCAGUUGUGGAUGAGUUGGCAAAGGAAAAUCCAAGAAAAGUGUGUUUGAUGGACGCAGCACUAAAAGAAGAUGAUUUUGAGGAGGAACUAAUGAGUAAUUGUGAAAAGUACUGUGUAGAUGUAACCGACUACAAAUGCAUUAAGAACGCAGCCAAGUCGAUAAUGAACAAGUACUCUAAAAUAGAUAUUGUGGUACACUGUGCAGGUAUUACUCACUGUCCGACUCCAAUAGUACAGAAGGAUGACAAUGGGAAGAUAAUGGAGAACAAUGAAGAUAUUCCAGAAAUUUGGGGAAAAGUAAUGAAUGUGAAUGUUAUGGGCACUUUGAAUAUAGUUCACUGCUUAGCUCCAUUUUUGGCAAUGAACAAAGGAAAUUCUCAUGGAUUUGAAAAAGGAGUAUUUGUUUUGGUGUCAAGUAGUACAGCAAGAGAUGGACCCGCUCAAAAUCAGGGUUAUGUUGCCUCCAAAGGAGCAAUAAAUUCCUUGACUUUGCCUUUAGCAAGAGAAUUAGGUCCACUAGGGAUCAGAGUAGUUACGAUCAGUCCGGGAAUUUUUGAUACUCCGAUGUCAAAACAUUCAAUGAGUGAAAAAAUUUCUUCUACUUUAUUAAAGUCGAUUCCAUUGGGAAGAUUUGGUGUUCCAAAUGAAUUUGCUGAAACUGUAAUAAAUGUUGGGAUAAAGUCUGAAUAUAUUUCAGGAGAAAUUGUUUAUUUGGAUGGUGCUUGGAGACCUCCAUUUAUAACUAGUGGAAGUAUAAAGAGGUUGUCAAUCCAUAAGUCAUCUAGUAAUGAUGAGUGA